AGCAGGCAGAUGGAUGGCAGAGGAGCACUGUGGAGAUCCAGUAUGGCAGCUCAGCACCAGGCAGCGUCCACUCUGCAGGAAAAGGCAAUUUUCAUUUUCCUCUGCACAUCCUUUGCUCUCUCGCUUGGCCUUCAGACGAUGCCACAAGCACAGCUGAACAACGGAAGCAGCUCAAUGGCCCUGGAAAAGAAUGCCGAAGACAGCAGUCUAAACUCAAAUAUGAGUGCAGCCACCAACAUGUCCGCAGCUGUGAAUGUAAACCAAGAAGACAAUGCGACCACUGCACGACCUAAAGAUAUCAGCACAACGCCAAAUGCAAGUGGGAAUGGAGUUCCUGGAGCCGUCACCUUUGAGAAAAAUUCAACUGAGGUCGUCAACUCAGAAGACUCUUCCAGUCUGUAUGCAAAAGGAAGCAAUCACGUCACCAACAACAUGGCUGGAAGGAAAACAUCACCCAUAUAUGGAUACACAGUGAGUACCACACAGGUGAACAGCACCACAAAUGGAAGCACAACCUCUGGAAACAACAUAGGAAAGGAUCAGAGUCUAAACACCGUCAAUGCAAAAAACAGCCCUGACACCACCACAGGCAGCCCCCUAGCACUGCAGACCACCAUCAGGCAGAGCACUGGCAGGAGCACAAGCAGCAGCCCUGGGAAUCAAGCUGUGAUGAUGAAUGCGUACACAGGCAGACCUCCCACCAUGUCUGGACUCAGACCUUCAUCUUCUUACUAUGCCACUUCAGCAGUGACCACAUCAAAGGUCAGCAGUCCACAGAAUAUCCAGUCAACAACAAGCAGCCCAGCUACUCACAGGACGACUUACUCAGAUAAUCCGUCCACGAGCCCGGAUGUCAACACGGAGACACAAACCCAACCGUACAACACUUCAGAAGGAGAUGUCAACAGCUGCAAACCUCUGGAACCUCUCAUGAUACUCUCCACAGGUUCAGGUCUGAGCUGGUUUAUGGUUUGGACGAUAUGCUUACUGGGAGUCAACAGCAUAGCACAACCGUGAAGAAAAGCAACAAGCAGAAGUUCAAACCCAUGCAAUACAUAGAGAAGAAACCUGACAAGAUCAACUCUUCCGUUCUUAAUCAAUGACCAGACUUCACAAGAAAGAGCAAUCAGAUGAACGGUUUUUGAACAUAGAAACAAAUAUGGAUUAUGUAACCCUGCCACUUACAGCUCCACAUCUUACCGUAAUGAUUCACCACAAAAGGCAUAAGCACGUUUGGAUACGGAAGAGAGUCCUGUAGGGUCAUUACUUCAUACUUCUAUACCUAGAAAUGAACAAACACAAUUAUGGCCCAUGUCUUUAAUAUUGUAGCGUCCCAGCCAGGUUGAAGCCCUUUUUUUGGAGUGACUGUUGGAUCUGAUUGAGGGAGGGCGGAGGACUGACAGCGGGGGUAUGAUUGGUGCGGUACCCGGGACGAGGGGAGGGUCGAGACGAUUGGUUAGAGAAGCGGCUAGAAGGUUGUGUGGUGGGGUUACGAAGUCGGUGUUCUUUUCUUGAUUGUUCAAGUAAAACUU